AUGGCUACCGAGGACACCAAGAUGGCCGCCGAGAAUCCGAGUCCAACCGUGGCCACCAAAAUCCCGCUGGUGGCCACUGAAACCCGAUUGGUGGCCACCGAAAUCCCACUGGUGGCCACCGAAACCCCAUUGGUGGCCACCGAAGACCCCAUAGAGGCCACCAAGGGCUCCACGAAGGUCUCGACCUCCACAAAGAUCUCGACGUUCUCUGCGGCCACCAAAACUCCAACAGAGGCCACCGAAGACCUAACAGAGGCCACCAAAACCCCAACGGAGGCCACCAAGGAUCCCACAGAGGCCACCAAAGGCACCAUAGAGGCCACCAGGAGCCCAACAAAGAUCUCAACGUCCUCUGUGGCCACCAAAACUCCAACAGAGGCCACCGAAGACCCAAUGGAAGCCACCAAAAACCCAACAGAGGCCACCAGGAGCCCAACAAAGACCUCAGCGUCUUCUGUGGCCACCAAAACUCCAACGGAGGCCACCGGAGACCCAACGGAGGCCACCAAAACCCCGACGCAGACCACCAACCCCACCCCAGCCGCCACCCCGACCUCCCCACCCCCCUCAACCCCACCGAGGACCACCCCCACCAAACCCCUCGAACCCAAACCCACCUCCCCACACCCCCUUGUCCCCCGGCCCCUGGGUGGGAGCCCGUGGCCGGCGGUGCCACGUUGCAAACCCUUGAGGAACGCCUACGAGAAGGAGAUCGUCCUCUACGCCUACUUCCAAGGCUUGGAUUACGUCAGCACCGAAUGCAUCUACGCGCCCCACGCCUACCGUGGCCACGCCAGAAACCUCCUAAAAGACUUAGAAGCCACCAGGCCCAGUUCGGUGGCAGCUUUGGGUCAUUCGGGUCGUAGGUUGGUGGUCGGUAGCCACGUGGCUAGCAAAAUGUUGGGGGCUUGCGUGAGGUGCGGGUUCGCAGCCAGCCAGGAGACGUGCAAGGCUUGCGUGUUGGUGGCGUCGUUGGAGAAGGGGAUG